GAAACCGCAGUUGACGUUCGCAGUGAUCGGAACAAGUACGCUAGGGUCCAGUUUUAAUAGUUUUUUAACAAACGAACGAAGAAUGAAAAGUGUAAGCAGUGCUCAAAACCAGUAUUUGGCGACAUUUUGCUUAAAUCUGUUGUCGGUUAACUAUGGAUUUGUAUGUGGCUGGACAUCGCCUUUCUUCCCUAUCCUACAGUCUCAGGAUACGCCACUUGCCAGUGGACCAAUCACAACCGAAGAAGGAUCAUGGAUCGGAUCUGCAAUGUGCGUUGGAGGGCUUCUUGGGACGCUCGUGUCGGGCUGGAUGGCAGAUCGUUGUGGUCGAAAGAUAACCGCCUGUUUGGCAUCAAUUCCGCAAAUUAUUUGCUGGACUAUGGUCAUUGUGGCGGAUAAUGCUUACUAUCUGAUGGCGAUGCGAUUUUUUGGAGGAUUUUCUGGCGGGGUUUGUUUCAUAGUUAUUCCCAUGUUCAUAGCAGAAAUAUCUGAGGACAGCAUUCGUGGCAUGUUGGCUUCCACCCUGGUUCUAUCGUGUAAUCUAGGCAUUCUAAUAAUGUACAUUCUGGGUAACUAUCUUCCCUACGCAACCAUUCCGUGGGUGGUUAUGCUGUUCCCAAUCGCUUUUCUGGCAAGCUUUGCUUUCAUUCCGGAUACGCCGUUCUAUCUGAUGAGGAAAAAUGACUAUGUGCAAUCAGAAAAGGCUCUCCGCUUUUUUCGCGGAUACCAAACCGGAACGCAGCAGGUGUCCAACGAGUUUAAACUCGAAUUGGUCAAACUAAAGGACACAUUCAAUGAUGAAAAACAAACCAUUAAGCAGGACGUCGUUACAUGGGAUGACUUUGUGACGCCUCACGCUAGGAAAGCGCUUCUGAUUGGUAUUUGCCUGAUGGCAUUCAAUCAGUUUUGCGGUUGCUUCGCCAUGCUGAACUACACUGCGACCGUAUUCGCCGAGUCCGGAUCGUCGCUGUCGGCCAAUAUGUCUGCCAUUGUGAUCGGCACGAUACAGAUGUUUGGGUCCUAUUUUUCCACGAUACUGGUCGAGCGGGCUGGUCGAAAGCUUCUGAUGACAAUCUCCGGAGCCGGAAUUGCUACUGGACUGGCCAUCUUCGCCGCUUUUUCGUACGUCAAAAGCAUCGGUCAGGAUGUGACCUCCUACAAUUGGCUACCUUUGGCUUGCUUCUCGAUUGUUAUCUUCGUCGCCUCAAUGGGUGUCCUGACGCUACCCUUCGUCAUUCUGGCAGAAAUCAUUCCGCAAAAGAUAAAAGGACUCUCCGUCACCGUUUGUAUGACAAUACUGUGGAUAUUUGCUUUUCUAGCAAUUAAGUACUUUUCAACCCUUUUCGAAGUGCUAGGAAUGCACGGAACGCUGCUGCUAUUUUCUAGUUGCUCUCUCGCAGGAACGCUGUUUGUUGCACUCUACGUACCAGAGACGAAAGGAAAGAGCUUUGAAGCGAUAGCGAAAGUGAUGAGCUGAUGUCUAGUUUUGUUAUCAGUAUUCAUACUCCUUAAUUGAUUAUAUGCCUUGUGUUUCAACUAAAAAAAAAUAAACAUGAUAUAUUGAAAUAUUAUUUGUGA